AUGUCUGCCGCGAAACAGCUCAUUGUCCCACCGAUAGUGAACCUGGGACUGAGCGCCGGAAAAUUCCGUUCCGACAGCUCAUUAAAUUGCGGAAACGUGCACGAGCUACUGCUAACACAGGCAAACAAACGCCAGGCGCAGGCUAUUCAAGAAGAGGGUGACGCGGACACACAGGAGGAAAGUGAAGUUAUACCCUCCCCAAAAAAGGCUUCUUUCUUUCGUCAGUUCAUCCAAGUCCACACCAGCCAGGCAGAUGAAAAGCCGACGACUUCGACCCACGCGGUACCGAAGGGGGAUAGAGCACAACCCGCAACCGGCUCAUUUUUUCGACGUUUCCUAAACUCUAGUGAACCCGCCAGCAUCCCGGAGACAAAAGAAGACAACAGGUCGUCGACUGAUGCUGUGUCAUCCGCAAAUAAAUCUGAGCCUUCCUCUGACACAGACCGUUAUUCCAUUUUUCGAUUCGUGGAAAAGGAAGGCUCCACAACGAGGAGCAAAGAGCUGGCCAGUAAAAUCCAGUCGGAAGUUGGAGAAAACGCAAAUGUCUGCGAAAAUGCCACGCACACCUCCGGUGAUGCCAACAUCACGCCGCCGCCAUCUUCUCCCGUUGAUCUCGAAAACACACUUGUCUGUGAGGAGUGUAAGGCGCGUGUCCUCAUCCAUAUGAUGCCUGAACAUACAGAUUUCCACUUCGCGCAACGUCUACAACAGGAGUGGAACAGGGAGCAGUUUUUUCGUGAGUACGUGGUGCUGGUUUUCAAGGUGGCUGUUGACCACAGAACCUCGACUGACACCGCAUGUCGGAACUUUCCACCGCUACAUCGACUUAUUCGACCGGAAAUUCCAAAUACAUCCGAGAUGACACUAGAGGAGACGCAGCUUACUGGCUGCAUACUUACAGUUUACUAUCGUUACCAUGAUGACAAACGUGACAAGACCUGCUAA